GUCCCCGCCCGCCGCGAUGGGGGCCGGGGGCGCCGGGCUUUGAACCCCCUUCCGUGGCAGAGCCUUUGAGUGCCGGCCCUGCGGAGGAAAGAGGCGGCCGGAGGAGACGGGGCAGGGCCGGCUUGUCCCUUCUGCCGCUGCCGUGCCUGCCUGCAUCCCGUGCCGAGAGCGCAGUUCCCCCCGUUCCCGUCCGCCGCACAGCAAAGGCCUGUCCUUCCCCAGCUCCCACCAGUGCCUCUGAUCUGGCACCAGGCACCAGCUCUGCCCCCUGCCCCGGCUCGGUGGGAAAUCCUCGUCCCCUCCCGUUCUGCCUCCUGUCCCCCCACCCUAGUGUGUGAUCAAAUCUGACAGCGCAGGGAAGGGGGCUCUCACCACACCGAGGGGUGCAGCUGCAUAAUUAACAGCUUUCGGUGAUUCAAAAAAAAAAUGUCAUCACCUUUUGAUUUUACCGCAAGCAUUAUCUGCCCCAAAAAAAUAGCUGGGGAGAGGAAGAUUUGAACGUCUUCUUAAGGCCGUGGGGAGAGCACUCGGCUGCUGGUGGCACAUCAGGAGCACAGGAAGCUGGGAGUGUGGAGCUCUGCCCUAGGAUGAGUCCCAGAACCUCCACACCUCGCUAUAGCCAUGGCAGGGAUCCAGAGCUGGGUGGUCGGAAGAGAACAUGAGUAGCCAAGCAGGGUCAGUGGAUUUUAGGACAAUAUGACAAGCUCUGAAUAUUCAACUAAGGUUGCUUUUGUUUGCUCCUGCACGAAGGGUUCCUGAUUGUUGAACCUGAUGUAACUGCACAGAUGGACCAGGGAGAAGAACAGGAAUACAAAGCCUUGGAGGAGACACAUACAGGUGGUGAGCUGGGGCCCCUUCCAGAUCACCUUACAAGUGCAUAUCUGCAGGACGCCUUGGCAGUGGGCUCCAGAGGAGGAGAGGAGCAGUUUGGGGACAGCCAUGGAAGUCAGCGUGGUUGCUCAGAGCCUCAGCAAGGUGGCUGUGAGGAGGAGGAGGAGGUUAAGCUGCCCUGUUCUGACAUCAGCCUGGUGAAAAGGCAGGGGAGAAGGGUGGCAGCCUCACGGCGAGCCCCUCGCGUGGAGCGCCCCACCAUCUGCCCGGAGUGUGGCAAGGGCUUCAGCCGGAGCAUCCACCUGCUCCAGCACCAGCGCAUGCACACCGGCGAGCGCCCCUUCCUGUGCGGGGACUGCGGCAAGGGCUUCAGCCAGAGCUCCCACCUCGUCCAGCACCGGCGCGUCCACACGGGCCAGAAGCCCUACACCUGCGCCGAGUGCGGGAAGAGCUUCAGCCAGAGCUCCAACCUCCUCAAGCACCAGCGCAUCCACACGGGGCUCAAGCCGUACGCGUGCAGCGAGUGCGGCAAGUUCUUCAGCGACAGCUCCACCUGCAUCAAGCACCAGCGCAUGCACACGGGCGAGCGGCCCUACAAGUGCCCGGCCUGCGGGAAGAGCUUCAGCCAGCACUGCCACCUCCUGCAGCACCAGCGGGCCCACGCCGGCGUCCGGCCCUACGGCUGCGGGCAGUGCGGCAAGCGCUUCGGGCAGAGCUCCGACCUCAUGAACCACGCGCGCACCCACACCGGCGAGAAGCCCUACAAGUGCAGCCAGUGCGGCCGCGGCUUCAGCGGCAACUCCAACCUCAUCAAGCACACCCGCAUCCACACCGGGGAGCAGCCCUACCGCUGCUCCCAGUGCGGGGAGAGCUUCCGCUUCCAGCCCCAGCUGGUGCGGCAUCAGAAGCACCACGCGGAGUAGCUGGUGGAGAGGAGAAAGCUCCAUGGACCAUAGGAAGCUGGCUGGUGCUGGGAAGAUACAAAGCUGCUCCCUGGACAUCUUGUAUGGGACAUGAAUUUUGGUGGAGAGAGCCCUCAGAGCCUGUCCCUUUUUUUACUUUUUUUUUUUUUUUUUUUUUUUACUUUUUUUUGGUUGGAUUUAUCCAAAUCUGUCUGUGAGCACUGCCCAGCUGCUCAAGCCAAGAGGGAGGCCACUGCUGAUUGAAUUAAAUGAACUAGAGCACGUUCACUGUGGUGCAGUGGUUGUUGUGAGCCUCUCUUUUGGGGAUGAAGAACACAAAGGUACUUACUCAGUGUGGUACCUUCAAGGACACAGAGAACAUAGAGACAUUCCAAGGAUCAGUGUCUUUUCCUGUUAUUUCUAGUGGGGAGUGAUUUUUAUCCCAGGAUAAAACAGCUAAAAUUUGUACCCGUUUCUUGUACAAGCUGCCUGUGUUUUCCCUCACACUAAGGCCACAGGAUGAUUGCUUCCCAUAGAAUCCAUGUCUCCCACAUGCCAGUAGUCUUGCUUUUAGAUGGUGUUUGCAUCUAUUUAUCUGAAACCCCUGCAACGCUGUGCUGGGUCCCUCUGCGUGCAUGUUGUGGGCCCAGCUGAUGCUCUUUUGGGGCCACAUCUAUGAAGCAGUGCUUUUGCUGGGUUGUAUCAUCGUUAAAUUGACAAUUCCACAAAUCAUGCUGCCAUCUGACAGCUUAGCCCUCAGAAGCACCUACCUUAACCUCCUAAUAGGUGUUUCAGAGUCUUGUUUAGGCGCUUUUGUGGGUGGCACUUUAUGAAUGUUUUUAUAAGGCUUUAAAAAGUAUUUAGGAUGACUUUUUCAGUUGUGGUCUUUUAAUUGUCUGAUGAACUGAAAAUGAACAAGAAAAUGAUGCACAGAAAAAUGAUGGCAUUUGAAAAAUAAGCUGUGUCAAACUGAUUUUAUAUUAAAUGUUAAGCAUUUUUUCUUGCAUAAAACUUUUAAAUUCAAACACUA